AUUCUCACUUGCCGGAAGUCUUUUUUCCAGAGUUCCGAGCUCUUCUUGCAGUUCAGGUUUCUACCUCUGUGUGCGACGCUGGCAACAGCAUGCUUCUGAUUCAGACCCUCCACUUAACUGUAAAAAUACAUUAAUCAGAACUGUGUGGCAUCUUCCUAAGCAAGACUUUCAGUGGGACCCAGUAUGCUUCACUUCAUCCGGAAGUUUUCUCAAGCAUCCUCAAAGAUGCUGAAGUACACUUCCACAGUCAGACCAGGAGCCGGCAGGAGAAUAGAAACACUUUCUCACAAGACAUGUCUUCAGCAGAACUUUUCCCCUUUGUUUCCGAGACUUUGGCUUUUCUCAUCCUUUCCAGCAUGUGUGAGCAAGACACAGUAUUAUCAUACUUCCCUAUGCAGUUUUAAGAAGAAGCAAGAGCAAGCAGUACUUCCAGCCAGGCCACCACGAACAAUCAGUUUCCUGCCUGACAGCCCAAAGCCAGCAUUAUACAUAACUCUGGCAGGACUAAUCCCCUUCAUUGCUCCACCAGUGGUCAUGGUGAUGACAAAGACUUAUAUUCCCAUAUUAGCUUUUACUCAGAUGGCUUAUGGAGCCAGUUUUCUUUCUUUCUUGGGAGGGAUCAGAUGGGGUUUUGCUCUGCCAGAAGGUAGUCCAGCCAAACCAGACUUCCUCAAUUUAGCUAAUAGUGUAGCUCCUGUUGUGUUUUCAUGGUUUGCUUUCUUUAUUUCUGAAAGACUAAGUGAAGCUAUAGUCACAGUAAUAAUAGGUUUGGGGAUAGCGUUACACACUGAACUCUUUCUCUUGCCCCAUUAUCCCAAUUGGUUCAAAGCCCUGAGGAUAGUAGUCACUUUAGUGGCCUUUUUUUCAUUUGUAAUCACUUUACUAGUGAAAGAUUUUUAUCCAGAGAAAGGACCCAAGAGACUUGGGCAAGUAAAAUAAACAUAAAACUACUCUAUAGAUAAUGUUAGCAUGUUGGUUAGAAGCCUUGUGUUUUGCAGUCAUCUUUUUCUACCUCUCCUGUUUAGCUUUUUCCCAGGAAAGGUGAUAUUUUCUUUCCAAACUAUUUUUCAUUUGUAGAAAUCUUUAUCUUAUAGAAAUCACUGAGAAGCAGCUGGAAAACACUUAGGUAAAAUUCUCAUUUAGUCUUUUUAUGAGUUACAGUCAUCCACUUAAAAUUUUCAAUGUUUUGUUUUAAAAAAUGUAAAUAAAAAAUGAUGAAAAACAC